ACCAAAGUAAUGGUUCUACCCAGGUCAAAGACUCAAUAGUCAUUGAAAAGUCGAAUUGCGUCGACGCUCCAGAUAAUCCCUGCAAUUAAUGGGGAGAAGAGAGAAUGGUAAUUCGGAUGUUUCAUUCGGAUAUAUUGAACAGAAAGUUUUCCUUCCUUUCUGGCACUUCAGUGUAAGCUAGCAGCUUUGAGGGACAUGAUGGCUUAGAAAUGUCGUCUAAUAGAGACUGCUAUUCGGGUAUCAUCAGACAAUGCAAGAGCUCAAGAAUUCAACAUGUGAUUUCAGCAUUGUGUCAAAUCAAGUCUGUCUAUAGUAAAAAUUCUAAAGAUGUAGAGAAAUUGGUGGGUCACGGACUGGUUCAGACACUUCUUGGACUGCUGCCGCCAGCAACCAGUUUGGACGAGAAAAUUAGGGUUAAGGUUUUCGACCUCUCCAUCAGCAUCCUUGGAAACAUGUGUAUGGAGGAAUGCACAAGAAAACAGGUUUUAAAAAUCAAAGGGCUGACAGUGUUAGUAGAGCUGUUUCUAAGUGACCACCUUGAAGCCCUUCUGCACCGCACUUGCAGAUGUCUGGCCAACAUGCUGCAGUCCCCCGGCAGCUGGAAACUGGCCGAGAGCAGUGCCCUUACUGAGAAACUCAUCAAACUGUUGCAGAAAACAGAGAAAGAUGAAUAUCGUCCAACAUACAUCAGAACUAUAAGACUUUUAGGCAAAACCAGACCAAAUGUGCAGAGGCUCCUGGAUAAGAAUGCAGUCAGUGUAAUUGGGAAGCUCAUUGACAGUAAAAACCCAGAAGUGAAUCAGUCUGCUAUCAGAUGCUUGCAUAGUCUGGCAACCCAAGGGUGUUCAGAGCAGUUUGCUGGACAGUUUGUUUCAUCUGGAAAAUUAGAUGUUCUUCUGACUCUUGCCAAGACACAAAACUAUGAAGCUUUUUACCUUGUCAUCAUGCUCUGCAACUACCAGAACUUUCGACCAGAGUUUGGCAACUCUGAAGGCAUCACUACAUUUACUAAUAUGUUUAAUGAAGAGGUGACAUCGCACUCCAAAAAGCCAGACAUUCUCAGCAUUCUUUGUUUGUGUAGCAAGGAGGCUGUGAACAGAGUGAAACUGAGGGAGAAUAAUUCAUUGCCCUUGUUACUGACAGCGUUGGAUGAUCAAAACUUGUCUGCCGUUCAUGAACGUGUCAUCAGCUCCUUAUUGUGCUACAUUUAUGACGAUGCAGGGUUUGAGGUGCUGCUUACGAAUGGCUUAGUAAAGGUUUUGGUGAAAUAUCUGAAAAAACACUGCAACUUAAUGUCACAUUUUGAACAUUCUUCUUGGGCUAGUGAUGGGACUAUACAAACAGGUCUGGAAGAAGACUCUGAGGGUAAAACUGCAGCAUCUAGUGAUGGGACUAUACAAACAGGUCUGGUAGAAGACUGUAAUGCUUUAACUGCACCAUCUGGUCAGCAAGGUGGGGCUCAUGGGUCCAGCUCUCCCGGGACUAAACCUAAGAUCAUUGAGACCACUACUGAGGGUAACCAACUUGAAGAAACAACUGUUAAAGAAUAUGAUCAAUCCUCUUUUUCCAAGCCAUAUUUUCAUAUUGAUAGCCCAACAUAUAAAAACUAUUCCAGUGCAAAUGAUGAUGAUGAGGUUAGUGAAAACAAAUGCAUUCAGUACUUGAGUCCACCGCAUGCCAGUGAAUAUGUCACCAAGACAUCAUACAGUCCAAUAAGCAACGUUUCUUAUUAUUCCCCUGGAGAGAGCUCUCCAGAAUACUCUACAUCAUUAACAUCCAGCCCUGAGAGCUCUCAUGGAACCGGUCUGAGACGUAACAGUUCCGGUAUUGUCAGUUGCAAUAGUUACAUGCUUUUGUCAGGUUCUCAAGUUCCUGAACAUGUCCAUCCAAAGUAUCCAAAGCAGACUGGAGUAAGUUGUACUUUAUAUAAAAAUGAGGCUGGCUUUACAACUGACCGUUUGAGAAGGUCUAAAAGAAUUGAAUCCGACAUUGAUUCCGAUGGUGCUGAUGUGUCAGAUAACUGUGUCUCUUCUGAGGAUGGCGGGGAAAUUAUUGGGGAUUUUAGUCCAGUGUUUAGUCCAAGCUUUGCAACUGAAGAAGAGGAAAAUGCAGACGAUAGUGUUGCUCAUGGCACAUCUAUAAUAUCUUCAUCCGUCACUGAAUUAGAUGCAGAGACUCAAUUGCAAGACGUUAAAUUUGAUUACAUUAAAGAUACUCUAGAAGGUGAUCUUAAAAAUGUGUUGAAAAGAAAACCAGCAAAGAAACUAAAGAAAAUCACCCAUAAAUCUCAUGCAGUUGAAAAUCACAUUCUGAGUCUUCUGUCAAGAGUGUCACAGAUGAAUGAUCCUGCAGGCUACCUGGUAACCAUGGAGACCAUGUCCUGUCUCCUUGACUACCUGUCUCAGAUGGAACGGCCACUUGCCCGCUGUGCCAGGCUGUUAUCCCGGGUGUUCAGGAACCCCUUAUGUUUCCAUGACCUCAUGGCUUUAGGUGUGCCACUCCUGGUGUAUGAAAAACUCAUGUCUCAGGAAAAUAUCUCCAAUCUGUUUAAAAACCUGAGAAAGCCAAGGCACAGGGAUAGGUCUUCAUUUUCCUCUACUUGUUUGGAUGACGACACGGAUUCGGAUCGGUUCUCCAUUAUGAGCAACAUGUCGUCCCCAGAUGAAGAGCAGCCUCACAAAAGAUACAAGUCCAGCAUUGAUGAUAGAUCAUCUUCUGGGAAACAUAAAGCUGCCUCCUGCAUGAAGGCCCAGGAGGUGUGCAGUGCUGGUGUCAGUGGCCUGGCUCUACUAGAAGACCUUGCAGGGACAGCACAGUCACAGUAUGGCAAGGGGGUGGUAGACCGUCUCCUAUGCACCAAGCCUAGCAAAGAGUCACAGCUACACGUUGGAAUCAACAUCCUCUAUAUCACAUGGAUGUUAGAUAGCAGACAACACUUCUUUGACCACCUAGCAAUGCUAGACAGUUUAGUUGGAGCUCUCAAACCGGGGGGACCCAUGGAAACGCAUAGGAAACAUUCCAUUGUGUACGGUCUGCAGUUCCAGUUGACAUUGUUGAAAUCAGGCAAACACUAUGGUAAGGCAACAACCUUCAGUGAUUACUUAUCGGGUGUUCUUGAUAAAGAAGAAGCAGCUGUUGUGGAGAAGGCCUGUAACCGUGACAUUUCUGUAACUGAUGACGACUGUGUAACUUUUGUUGUGAAUGGAUGUGAUAUUCAUGCUAGUCGUAAAACUUUAGUCUCUAAAUCUGAAAUAUUCGUGGCCAUGUUGGAAGGCCACUAUUCAGAAGCACUUGUCUCAAACAUCCCACUUGCAGAAACUUCAUCAUAUGCAUUCUCUUGUGUUCUUUGCUAUCUACAUGACUGUGAUUUUAAUAAAUGCCCAACACUUUGCAAGAUGAAAACUAAGACCGUAACCAAAGCCUCAGCUGAGGAAAUAAUCGAAGUGUACAAUGAGGCAGAGAAGUAUAUGCUGCCAGAGCUUAAGGCCCAAAGCUACAGCUUGCUGGCACAGCGAUACGUAGUACCCGAGGCAGCCAUGGCGUUACUGGAGUUUGGAGUGCUGCAUCAGAAACAUGACAUCAUCAAAGCCACUGUGUUUGCCAUCUUUUCAGAGUGCGAUUCUAGAGAGUUGAUGGUGCAUCAUGUCGAUGAAUUUUUACACUCUAAAUAUGCUGACCUAAUCUCUAACACUAUAUUUGAAAUAUUAACUGAAUAAUUGAGUUCCUUGUGAAGCCCAUUAAAAGAUGCUUUCUGUUUAUUGCGCCUGAUUAUAAAGUUUACAUUGUACUUUAUUAACCAUUUUAAGAUGGAAGGAACUUAAAAUGCCUUAGCCCAGUUUUGAAAAAAUAUGCCAUUUACAAGAACGACAUUUGGUACUAACUACAUACAAUUUCUUUGUUAUUGUUUUUUUUAUCUUUUUGAGUCAGUAAAAACUAAAUUCAAAGUUUUGUCAAUGUCUGGUACUUAAGCUCUCUCACCAUGAGCAGCAUCAUACGUGUACAAACAUGGAUCUUAUGUCAUAUACAGCCAGCUAGGUCAUGGGGUCACUUAGUGCGUUUUAAACAUUGAGCAUGGCGUUCGCUGUUGUUUUUUUUUGAAGACAACAUGCAAAAUAUUCUGUGUCGAUGCGGCAUGUGGGGGUAUUCGUCACGUCUGUGACAAAGCUCUUGUUGUGAUUUAUUGUUGUUAUUUAAACCGUAACACAGACGCUUUCCACUGUCCAUACAAUAUUCUGAACUUCAAGAUACAUGCGGCGGCCGCCCCGCGACGAUAACAAAUUGUGUGCAGUCUAUAUCCGCCUUUGUGCGUGGUACUGUUCUCUACUGAAAAUGAAAAUAUUAAUAUACAUUGAGACACUCAAUAUUGACUCGUGCGAUUUCUGACGGGAACAUGUGAAAAAUCACGUGUCCAAAGGUAACGCAGACGGACCUGUUGUGCACUCCAGUCAGACGAUCAGGAAGAACUAGAAUUGCCCCAGAAUGGCAGGAAGACUAUGUCACGUGAUUGUUGGCAAAGACUCAUAUAUUUGACCACAUCAAAGACAUUUGCUUUUUUGUUGUUAAAAAGUUCAAAUUUCUUCCUACUUUUAUGGGAGUAAACAUAGUGGGCUCCAAUGUUCCCAGUUUUUAUUGUUACCAGUCUUUGUUUCAACUUCAGUUAAGUAUCAUAUUAUUUCAUAUGAACAUUUCAUACCCAAAGACUUGGGGGGAGAUAGAGGAUAGUAUAGCAUCAUUUCUCUAAUUAUCAUUUUAUAGAUCUAAUUAUCAUCGUGGUUAAGUUCAGAUCUUGAUAAUUGUCGAUGGAAAUAAAGAUCGAAGCAAAUA